GUCCCCCGUGAGGCGGCGGUCGGGAUGGGGGUGGCGGCGAGACGGGCCGGCCCGCGGGCGCUGCUGCUGCCGCUGGCGCUGGCCGUGGCGUGCGCGGCGCGCAGCGCCGACGGGCCCAGCAACAUGUCCUACGUGAAGGAGACUGUGGACAGGCUGCUCCAAGGCUACGACAUCCGCCUCCGCCCCGACUUCGGAGGUCCGCCCGUGGAUGUGGGCAUGCGGAUAGAGAUCGCCAGCAUCGACGUGGUCUCAGAAGUCAACAUGGACUACACCCUGACCAUGUACUUUCAGCAGUCCUGGAGGGAUAAGAGGCUCUCUUAUUCUGGAAUACCUUUGAACCUAACUCUGGACAACAGAGUGGUUGACCAGCUCUGGGUGCCAGACACGUAUUUCCAAAAUGACAAGAAAUCCUUUGUCCAUGGGGUGACAGUGAAAAACCGAAUGAUUCGACUCCAUCCAGAUGGGACAGUCCUUUAUGGCCUACGGAUCACAACAACAGCUGCUUGCAUGAUGGAUCUACGCAGAUAUCCUCUGGAUGAACAAAACUGCACACUAGAAAUUGAAAGUUAUGGAUACACUACUGAUGAUAUUGAAUUUUACUGGAAUGGAGGAGAGUCGGCAGUAACAGGAGUUAAUAACAUCGAACUCCCACAAUUUUCUAUUGUGGAUUACAAGAUGGUGUCAAAGAGAGUGGAAUUUACAACAGGAGCAUAUCCUCGAUUAUCACUUAGCUUCCGGCUUAAAAGAAACAUUGGAUACUUCAUUUUGCAAACCUACAUGCCUUCCACACUGAUCACGAUCCUGUCGUGGGUGUCUUUUUGGAUCAAUUACGAUGCCUCUGCAGCCAGAGUUGCUCUAGGAAUCACAACUGUGCUGACCAUGACCACCAUCAGUACCCACCUCAGGGAGACCUUGCCGAAGAUUCCCUAUGUCAAGGCAAUAGAUAUUUACCUGAUGGGAUGCUUUGUGUUUGUGUUCCUGGCUUUGCUGGAAUAUGCCUUUGUAAACUACAUAUUCUUUGGGAAAGGACCUCAGCGUCAAAAAAAGACAGCAGGCAGGGCAGGACACGGUACAGGCGAGAGGAGCAGACUGGACACAAAUAGAGUCCAGGUUGACCCCCAUGGAAACAUGCUUCUCAGACCCCUUGAAAUACGAAAUGCCAUGGGCAGCUCAGAUGUGUUCACCAGCCCCCGUGACCCCCGGGCCACCGUGUCACCAUAUGACAGUGCCACCCUGCAGUACCGAAGAGCCACUUCCAGCAGAGACCUCUACACCAGGAGUGCUCUGGACAGGCACAGGCUCCAUCAAAAAGGACACUUACGAAGGAGAGCAUCCCAGGUCAAAAUCAAAAUCCCUGAUUUGACUGAUGUUAACCUGAUAGACAAGUGGUCCAGAAUGGUCUUUCCCAUCAUGUUCAUUCUUUUCAAUGUUGUUUAUUGGCUGUAUUAUGUCCACUAAUUUAUGCAAUAAARUUA